AUGAGCGGGAUUAUCCGCAGUAAGCCCGACUGGAUUAAAAACAUUUCUGAUCCAAAUACCCGCACCAACUGGGUCACUGAAGCCCGCUCACAGGGUCUCACAGAUAUUGAAACUGGGUACGUACUCGAGGAGCUCGCAUAUUACGCUACUCUGCAUAUUCCUGAUAGUAGUGUCAUAUUAAGUGCUGUCGAACAAGUAUGGCUGAGCGAUACGCUGGUUGAGGGGAAUACUUUGGAGCAAUUAAAGAGGUGGUCGAUGAGGUUGGAAAGUGAGUCCAAGGGAUGGUGUUUGGAGAGUAAUUGCGUGGUGCGUAAUAUUGUGGAUCCGUCGAUGUAUCCGCUGUCGUACAGGAGUUCUAGCUUUGUGGGUACGAGAAUCGACAAAAGGUAUCCAUUUUCGGUUGCGUCAAAUACAAGAACAGCAUCACAAGAGUUUUGCUGGUUACCGUCCGAGUUCCUCAUUUCUGCGGAUGGACAGGUGGAGAUAAAGUCGUACAUCAACAACCUCAAUCCAUUAAAGUAUGCUUUGCUUUAUCCUGUCAUUGCCGAGGUAUUUUCAAAGUGCGUACCGUUGCUGGAAAACGUUGUCACGGAUGUUGUUUACCCUCGCAAGUCUCGUGUGAUGCCGAAUUGCUCCAACUGGCUGGUGGCCGAUGAGCCAGAGCCCAGAGACUAUCGUGCGCCGGAUUAUGACGAGCGCUUUGAUGCGUGGCAAGCGAGACACCAAUUUAUCGAGCCCCAGCCAGAACCGUUUGAAUUACCCGAACGACCUCAAAUACCCUUCAGUUUAAGGGGCCGACAGCUGCAGGCUGUGGUUAGAAUGACAAACAUUGACUUGACGCCGGAAACACCCGUGUAUAAUGAUGACCGCUGGCGCCUUGAGGCAAUAUCGCAAGAAAGAAUUGUUGCUAUAGGGGUGUGUUGCUAUGACGUGGAUAACAUCACUGACAUGCAUUUGGAGUUCCGCGAGUUAGUUGACGAUGAUAUCGAGCACGAGCAAUGUGAUGAGCGCGGGCUUGACCUGGCCUACGGCAUUUUUGACAAUGAAAUGCAUUUCAACUCUGAUAGUAUCGAUAUUUCGCAAGAAAUCGGCCAAGUUAAGCUCCAGAAUGGACGUUGCAUAGUGUUCCCCAACACAUACCAACGCCGCCUUUCGCAGUUACAUCUGGUCAACAAGAAUAUCCCAGGACACUGCAAGAUGCUAAUAUUAUACUUUGUUAUUCCAACAGAUCCUAUUGUGUCGACAGAGAUUGUGCUGCCGCAGCAGCAGGACUGGUGGACCAAGGAUGUUUUUCAAGUUGAGCCGUUGGUUAAAAUCCCGACUCUGGUGCUGGACACAUUAUAG